AUGAGUGCUGUUGUUCCUGAUUUCGACAACCUGGACAACACUCACCACAGUGAUGCUGGCUCUCCACCAUCUCAACAGAUUCAAGUUAUUAAUGACCGCAAAGAGUUUACUUCAAAGUUAUCAAGCGCAUUGGAUGAUCGCUGGAAUCUUUCAGAUCAAGGGUUUGACUACAAUGUUGUUGCCGUAUUUGGAUCUCAGAGUACUGGAAAAAGUACUCUUUUAAAUCGACUUUUCAAUGCUCAGUUUGAUGUAAUGGAUGAGACUGAACGCCGCCAAACUACAAAGGGAAUUUGGGUCUGUAAAGCCCGAGCAAGCAACACACUGGUGAUGGAUGUUGAAGGUACCGAUGGUCGCGAGCGUGGUGAAGACCAAGACUUUGAACGAAAAAGUGCUUUAUUCUCAAUGUCAGUGGCCGAAGUGCUUAUCGUCAACAUGUGGGAGCAGUCUGUUGGUCUUUAUAAUGGUGCAAACAUGGGUCUUCUCAAAACUGUGUUUGAAGUCAAUCUACAGCUAUCGCCAAAAACUUGCAUCUUCUUUGUGCUCCGUGAUUUUACAAAUCGCACUCCUUUGCAAAAACUUGCAGACACGCUCAUUAACGAUUUAAAGAAAAUUUGGGACAGUCUUUCAAAGCCUCCGGGAAAAGAAAGUGCGCAAAUCACAGAUUUUUUCGAUUUUGAGUAUGCUGGAGUUCCCCACAAGAUCUAUGCUACAGAGCAGUUUGAUGCAGCAGUUGAAGAUCUCCGUGAGCGUUUUUACGACAAAAAAUCUUCCAGAUAUAUAUUCAAGACGGGAUAUCAUAAACGCAUUCCUAUUGACGGGUUUCCACAUUUUGCAGAAGCCAUUUGGGAACAGAUUGUCAAAAACAGAGAUCUGGAUUUACCCACUCAACAAGAGUUGCUGGCUCAGUUUCGCUGCGAUGAAAUUGCCAAAGUCAUUUAUAAUAAGUUUGGGGUUGAUGUUAAGCCUUUGCGCUCGAGAUUAGAUGCUGGAAAUGUCGUGGAUAAUUUGGGUGCUUCUAUGCAGCAACUCACGGUUUCUGCUCUUGCCUCAUUUGACAAGGACGCUAGCCGCUAUAAUGCUGCUGUAUACAAGUCUAAGAGAUCUGCGUUUGCAGACCAAAUGCACACUGUUCUGUCAGUUCUUUUUGUUCAACAGCUUCGCAACUUGCACAAGCGUGGCAUUAUCUUGUUCAACGAAUCUCUUCAGACACGCAUCAAGGCGGGCGAAGCUGAUUUCGCCAACAAGCUUAAACUAUCGUUCAACGAAGCCGAGUCAUAUUUCAACAAUGGCGCACAAGCUGCAUCCAUUAUACUAGCAGAAUGGACAUACGAUGAGCAACUAUCGCUUUUUGUUCAGGAAUUGGGUGAAGAGUGUGUCAAGCAACGCACCGAGGCUAUGGAGCGAUUAACCAAAAAACUUGACAAGAGUAUCAAAACACGUCUAGUGAAUCCCAUUACUGAUUUGUUUUGCAAACCGACAAAGCUACUUUGGGUUGACGUGCUGCGUACCACCAAAGACGUAAUGACCUCUAUUUCAGACACUCUUACUAAAAGUCUUUCAGGCUUUGAUGUUGAAUCUAGUGUUAUUUUACAGGAAGUCAAACAAAUCAAGAUUCGCAUUUGGGACUUGAUGAUGGAGAUUGUUCAAGCCGAAAUUGCUGAAAAGGCUUUGCUUGAAAAGCUUCGUGAACGAUUUGAAGCCAAGUUCAGAUACGAUGACAAAGGUAUUCCACGGUUUUGGUCUCCAACUGAUGAUAUCGAUGGCACAUUUAAAAUAGCUCACGAGCAGGCCGAUGAGCUGUUGACAAUUUUUUCAGAAAUUCGUGUGCCAUUUUCAGAAAUUGAUACUGAUAUUGCUCAGCAUAAUGCAAGUAUCGGAAUCAAAGAGACACCUAUUAUGAUGUUGUCUGUUGCACAACAAGAAAAUGCUCGUCUUAUUUUCAACCGCGAAGCACAUAGUCAAUUUAUGGAAGCCAAACGAUCUACAGUAGCAACAACAGCCAAGAUCCCACCAUGGUUUAUUAUCUUGACGGUCGCACUGGGAUGGAACGAGCUUAUGGCCGUUCUUUGGAAUCCCAUGCUUACUAUGAUGUUGCUUGGAUGUGUCGCAAUCGCAUUUGGGAUCUGGAAAACCAAUAUGGCAGGCCCACUGUUUCACGUUGCACGCGCUGCUACAGGCGAAGUGACACGCCAAGUGUCGACUGGACUCCAUGAUCGUGGAUUUAGUAUGACCAAUCUUAUGAAUCAUCCAACCAUUACUACUGCCAAACGAACAUUCAAUUCUGCGGUAAACUUGAGCAGAUCGCAGUCGGAGGAGGGUGGGGAGAGUUAUGAGCUCAGUCGGCGUAAGACUGCGACAGGGUCAAAGUCACCUAGUGGAGUAGAUAGUACACCUGACUCGCCAAAGCCUCACCAAGACUAG